GUGCUGCGACAGACCUCGAUGCCGGUGCUGCCACGCGCCGAGUGUGGCGCCGUGCAGCGACUGGCGCUGCGCCGACCGGCGCUGGACGACCGCGACUUCCUCUGCGCCGGCGGCCAGCGCUCGGCCGACGCCUGCUACAUCGCACGUGACGGCGGUAGUCCACUGGCCUGCAUGGCCGCCUCCGGUCGUUACUACCUGUACGGCGUCGUCUCAUGGGCCGCCGACUGCGACGACGACGCCGAGCCGCAGAUGUACACCAGCGUUGCCAACUACUUCACCUGGAUCCGGCGCAACUACGAGCGCAUGACGAUGAAGUUCAGCCUGCGCUCGGACGCCAGAUGAAGCGGCACGUACCGGCGCCGAUGCUCGAGGGUGGCCGCGCUGUUCGGGUCCAUGGGCACAGGUGGGGCGGAGCUGGCCCGCGGGCGGGGACGGGGAUAGUGAGGCGCACGCUCCCCUCCCGCUGCACGGCCGGGCCGAGCAAUAGACCGAUCCGAAAAGGCUGAGAACGUCGUCCGUGAGCGCUCGUGGCCGUGAGGGUUCGACCCGACACCGAGAGCGCCUCGCCGGGCUUCCUCCCGCGCUGCAGUGAUCGUCGUCUGGGACCGGAAGGUGCGGCCAAUCACAGCUCACAGCAGCGGCGACCGGUACACGGGGUGACCAGUCUGCCCGCGGCUCGCACUCCAGCGCUAGAGCAUGCAGCGGCUCUGGCAGCCGGCCAGCGGCGCGCGCCGCCGCCGCUGCGGCGCCCGAGCGGCCGCCCGCGCGCGUGGUCCCGGGUCCCACGGCAGCGGCUCGGACCGUUCGUCCCCGCCAGGCGGUGAGCGUGAUGUCGCGAUUGCUGGUGGUCCCGGGGCAUUAUGUCCGUCGGCAUUAGCGCGCCUGCCAAAGACGCCGCGGUCGAUCGAUCGCCAUGUGUUGUAGGCUAACAAGUUCAUUGUUAAGCGACGUCAGUUUUUAGCGUUAUUUGUGGCUGAUCGCUGCAACCUUCCUUCCUUUCUGCUCAUUCGA